UGGAGACAGCUUUCGAACGAAAAUUCCAGGGCUGUUUUGUUCCACCACACUUGACAAGUCUAAUUCCAUAAUUCCACUGUAACUGAGCUACCAGGAUGUCACAAGAAGAUCCCGAUCCAGCUGAGUACCUGUUCAUAUCUCUGGAACAGAAGCGAAAGGAUCAGACUAAGCCUUACGAUGGCAAAAAAAUGGUCUGGGUCCCUGAUGAAAAAGAUGGGUUCAUACUGGGAAAUAUUUCAAGUACCAAGGGUGACAUAGUAACCGUUGACUGUCCUGGGGGAGACCGACAAAUAAAAAAAGAUCAGCUACAGCAGGUAAAUCCCCCAAAAUUCGAAAAGACCGAGGAUAUGUCAAACUUAACUUAUCUGAACGACGCUAGCGUUUUGUACAACCUGAAAGAACGUUACUACAUGAACCUUAUCUACACUUACUCUGGUCUGUUCUGUGUCGCCAUUAACCCCUACAAACGAUUUCCUAUCUACACUAAUCGGGUGAUCCAGAUGUACAAAGGCAAGAGGAGACCUGAAAUGCCCCCACAUAUUUUCUCUGUAUCUGAUGGCGCCUACAAUGAUAUGUUACAAAACAGAGAAAACCAGUCCAUGUUGAUCACUGGUGAGUCUGGCGCUGGGAAAACUGAGAACACGAAGAAAGUAAUUGCUUAUUUUGCAAAUGUUGGUGCCUCCUCUAAAAAGGAUGAACAAAAGAAAGGAACCUCAAAAAAGGGUAAUUUAGAAGACCAGGUCGUUCAAACUAACCCGGUACUCGAAGCCUUUGGCAAUGCCAAGACUGUCAGAAACGAUAACUCAUCCCGUUUUGGUAAAUUUAUCAGAAUCCACUUCGGUCCUAUGGGAAAGUUGGCUGGAGCAGACAUCGAGACUUAUUUGUUGGAGAAAGCCAGAGUGAUUUCCCAGCAGCCCUUGGAGAGGUCCUAUCACAUAUUCUACCAACUCAUGUCGGGUCGUAUCGAAGGUCUUAAAGCAAAACUCCUUGUUAGUGAUGACAUCCAUGACUACCAUUUCGUAUCCCAGGGUAAAACGGAUAUUCCCAACGUAGACGAUGGAGAAGAAAUGGCAGCAACAGACACCGGUUUUGAUGUGCUGGGUUUCUACGACGAAGAGAAACUGAACAUUUACCAGAUAACUUCCUCCGUCAUGCACUUAGGUGAACUCAAGUUUAAACAACGACCGCGAGAAGAACAGGCUGAAGCCGACGGUACAGAGGAAGGAGAAAAAAUCGCUCAUCUACUAGGCCUAAACGCUGCUGAUUUGUACAAGAACUUGCUAAAGCCCAAGAUCAAAGUUGGCAACGAGCUUGUAACCCAAGGCAGAAACAAAGAGCAGGUCCUGUAUUCAGUAGGUGCUUUGGGCAAAGCCAUGUAUGAUAGGCUUUUCAAGUGGCUGGUGAAGAGAGUAAACGAAACUCUUGAUACUAAACAGAAGAGACAACAUUUCAUUGGUGUCUUGGAUAUCGCUGGAUUCGAAAUCUUUGACUUCAACAGUUUUGAACAACUUUGCAUCAACUUCACGAACGAGAAGUUACAGCAGUUCUUCAACCACCACAUGUUCGUGCUCGAACAAGAAGAGUACAAAAGAGAAGGGAUUGACUGGGAAUUCAUCGAUUUCGGUCUGGACUUACAAGCUUGUAUUGAGCUAAUUGAAAAGCCCAUGGGUGUCCUGUCCAUCCUAGAAGAAGAAUCUAUGUUCCCCAAGGCCACUGACAAGACCUUCGAGGAAAAGUUAAAGAACAAUCAUCUUGGGAAAUCUCCAAACUUUGUAAAGCCCAAGCCCCCUAAGCCUGGCCAAAAGGAGGCUCACUUCGCCAUCGUACACUAUGCUGGCACUGUGCCCUACAACUUAAUGGGUUGGUUAGAGAAAAACAAGGACCCUCUGAACGACACUGUUGUGGAGCAGUUCAAACACGCUUCCAACAAACUCAUCAGAGAUAUCUUUGAAGACCACCCUGGGCUUGGGAGCGGUGACGAAAGCGGAAAAGGCGGGAAAAGUCGCAAGAAAGGUUCUGGCUUCCAAACUGUAUCUCUACUUUACAGAGAACAACUGAACAAGCUGAUGACCACUCUGAGGUCCACUCAACCUCACUUUGUCCGCUGUAUCAUUCCCAAUGAAACUAAGUCACCAGGUGUGAUCGACUCCCACCUCGUGAUGCACCAAUUAACAUGUAACGGUGUACUGGAGGGUAUUCGAAUCUGCCGAAAAGGAUUCCCCAACAGGAUGAUCUACUCUGACUUCAAGCAAAGAUACACAAUUUUGGCCCCCAAUGCUGUACCGAAGGGUUUUGUUGACGCUAGACAAGCAACAGACAAGGUUCUAGACGCGAUCCAGCUCGAAGCUAAUGACUUCCGUCUGGGUAUUACCAAGGUUUUCUUCCGAGCUGGAGUGUUGGGCAGGUUAGAGGAGAUGCGAGAUGAGCGUCUUGCCAAAAUCAUGACUUGGUUACAGUCUUGGAUCAGGUGGUACCAAUGCAAGAAGGAGUUCAAGAAGCUACAGGAACAGAGGAUCGCCCUGUUAAUCAUCCAGAGAAACCUUCGAAAGUUCUUGCAGCUGAGGAACUGGCUAUGGUGGAAACUGUACUCCAAGGUCAAACCUCUUCUCAGCAUUGCAAGAGUGGAAGACGAGCUGCGGGCGCUGGAGGAGAAGCUCAAGAAGGAGCAUGAAGCUUUCGAGAAGGAAGAAAAACUUCGCAAGGAACUGGAAUCUCAGAAUGUGAAGCUCUUGCAGGAGAAAAACGACCUGUUCCUUCAGCUAGACGCUGAAAGGUCUCAGUCUGGAGAUAUAGAAGAACGCUUAACCAAAGCCAUGGCUCAAAAAGGAGACCUCGAAAGCCAGCUGCAGGAACUUCAAGAACGUCUAGCCCAAGAGGAGGACGCUCACCAUCAAGUUAAUCAGACUAAGAAGAAGCUAGAAUCGGACUUAUCAGGACUGAAGAAAGACAUUGAAGACUUGGAACUUGCUUUACAGAAAGCCGAACAAGACAAGGCUACAAAGGACCACCAAAUUCGUAAUCUAAACGAUGAAAUCGCUCAUCAGGAUGAACUCAUUCAAAAACUCACCAAAGAAAAGAAGCACUUACAAGAAGUGAACCAGAAAACCGCUGAGGACCUGCAGGCAUCCGAAGAUAAGGUCAAUCACUUAAACAAGGUCAAGGUCAAACUGGAACAAACUCUUGAUGAGUUAGAGGACAACCUCGAGCGGGAGAAGAAGCAGCGAGGAGACCUCGAGAAGUCGAAGAGGAAGGUAGAAGGAGAUUUGAAACUAGCACAAGAAGCUAUAGUAGACCUAGAAAAGAACAAAAAAGAAUUAGAACAAAGCCUCCAAAGGAAGGAUAAAGAGAUGGCCAGUCUUGCAGCCAAGCUAGAAGACGAACAAAGUUUGGUUGCCAAACUACAAAAACAGAUCAAAGAACUUCAGGCUAGGAUAGAAGAACUGGAAGAGGAACUAGAAGCUGAAAGACAAGCCAGAGCUAAGGCAGAGAAGCAGAGAGCAGAUCUUGCUCGGGAGCUUGAGGAACUUAGUGAAAGACUUGAUGAAGCAGGUGGAGCCACCUCUGCACAGAUUGAACUGAACAAGCGACGAGAAGCUGAACUGGCAAAGAUCAAACGUGAUUUGGAGGAAAGCAGUCUUCAGCAUGAACAGGUUCUGUCGAAUCUCAGAAAGAAACACAACGAUACUGUUGCUGAGCUCAGUGAACAAAUAGAUCAACUGAACAAGCAUAAAGCCAAGAUCGACAAGGAGAAAGCUCAAAUGAAGGGUGAGCUUGAGGACUUACGAUCCAGUGUGGACCACGUUAACAAGGAGAAGGCAAAUGCCGAAAAGAAUUCCAAACAAAUGGAGAUCCAGCUUCAGGAUCUUCAGCACAAGUUGGAUGAGUCCGUCCGUUCACUUGGAGACUUCGAUACCUCCAAAAAGAAAUUAAUUGCAGAAAACGGCGAACUGCAGAGACAGCUAGAAGAUGCGGAGUCUCAGGUGGCUCAGCUGAGUAAGAUGAAAAUGUCCUACCUGACCCAACUGGAAGAGGCCAAGAGAGUAGCUGAUGAAGAGAGCAGGGAACGUGCAGCGGUGGCUGGUAAAUACAGAAAUUUGGAACAUGACUUGGACGGAAUGAAGGAACAGUUGGAAGAAGAACAAGAGGCCAAAGCUGACCUCCAGCGACAGCUCAGCAAGGCCAACGCUGAAGCUCAGAUGUGGCGAUCGAAGUACGAGAGUGAAGGCUUAGCCAGAGUUGAGGAGCUUGAAGAUUCUAAACAUAAACUUCAGGCCAAGCUAGAAGAGGUCGAACAAAGUAUGGAACAAACGAAUGCAAGAUGCAGCGGUUUGGAGAAGACAAAGUCCCGAUUGCAGGGAGAAAUUGAAGAUAUGUCUAUUGAAGUGGACAGAGCUAAUAACCUGGCCGCCACUCUCGAGAAGAAACAGAAGUCCUUCGAUAAAACUAUAGCUGAAUGGAAGCAGAAAGUGGACGACCUGGCAGCAGAACUAGAUGCCUCUCAGCGAGAGUGUCGGGACUACUCUACGGAGCUCUUUAAACUUCGAGCCUCGUUCGAGGAGAGUCAAGAACAGCACGAGGCCAUCAAGCGAGAAAAUAAAAACUUACAAGAUGAAAUCAAAGACCUCGUGGAUCAGCUUGGCGAGGGCGGUAGAAACGUGCACGAGUUAGAAAAGGCAAGAAAGAGACUAGAAAUGGAGAAAGAGGAACUCCAGGCAGCUCUAGAAGAGGCAGAGGCUGCUCUGGAGCAGGAAGAAAAUAAGGUUCUCAGAGCCCAGCUGGAGCUGUCUCAAGUACGCCAGGAGAUCGACCGAAGGAUUCAGGAGAAGGAGGAAGAUUUCGAAAACACUAGGAAAAACCACCAACGAGCUAUUGAUUCAAUGCAAGCUAGUCUCGAGGCCGAAGCUAGAGGAAAGGCUGAAGCUCUAAGGAUGAAAAAGAAACUUGAGAGUGACAUCAAUGAACUGGAGAUCGCGCUGGACCAUGCCAACAAGGCCAACGCAGAGGCCCAGAAGAACAUCAAGAGAUAUCAACAGACUCUCAAGGAACUCCAACAGGCAGUAGAGGAAGAACAGCGAGCCCGGGAUGAAAUAAGAGAACAACACGCGAUGGCCGAGAGACGUUGUCACGCCUUACAAGGGGAGUUAGAUGAAACCAGGCAACUACUUGAGCAAGCGGAUCUGGAUGAAAUGUUGAAUGAAGCCAAGCAGUCAGAAGAGAAGGCCAAGAAGGCCAUGGUUGACGCUGCACGGUUGGCUGACGAACUGAGGGCUGAACAGGAGCAUGCUCAACAGCAAGAGAAAAUGAGAAAAGCACUGGAGGCUCAGAUGAAGGAAUUACAAGUCCGACUAGAUGAAGCGGAGGCAGCAGCUCUUAAAGGUGGCAGAAAGAUCAUCCAGAAACUGGAACAAAAGGUACGUGAGCUAGAGAGUGAAUUGGAGAACGAACAACGUCGUCACGCGGACGCCGCGAAGAACUCAAGAAAGGGAGAACGCAGAAUUAAAGAAUUACAGUUCCAAGCAGAUGAAGACCGGAAGAACCACGAACGUAUGCAGGACCUUGUUGACAAACUCCAACAGAAGAUCAAGACAUACAAGAGACAGAUCGAGGAAGCUGAGGAAAUCGCCGCUCUCAAUUUGGCCAAAUUCCGAAAGGUCCAACAAGAAAUGGAAGAUGCUGAAGAAAGAGCUGACAUGGCAGAGAACGCCCUGGCUAAAUUACGGGCCAGAAACCGUAGCUCAGUUUCUGCAGGUCGAGGAAUGAGUCCAGGGGUAAGUACAAAACGUUUUAACUGA